ACUUGAGUGGUAUUUUUGUCUUUAACUUUCAACCCAUGAUCACUGCCAUGGGAUGAUCUUGGAUCCCCGACUUCAAGGACGGGUAUCCCAUCACCGAGUUGGGGGGUGAUUUGAGGAGUGGAGGUGAUUUAAGAUCACCGCCACGUAGGAUCACCGUAGUGCAACCAAACACGGUGAUCUCAUCACCUCCACCUACAUCACCCUUAAUCUUGGGACGAUCAUCCCAUACCAAACGCCCCCAUAAGGAAAACCUCAGUGGUCAAAUGAAUUAUCUUUCAUCAACAUGUGAAUAGAGUUUGAGCACAAGGACAACAUAUCAUCGACGGAAUCUUUCCAAAGGGUGACUUUUGGCAUUUCUGGAUUCAAUAAUGUUGUGAUGAUAAUAUCAAAUUUGAAAGAGGCUACUCACUGAUUAGGAUUCUUAGUUGCAAAAGAAAAGGAAAUAGAGAAGAUUAUGGAGCUCAGGAAGAGGAAAUAUCUUGCUAAUGAUAGAAGAAAAUCAAAACCUAAUUUUGCAUACCUCUACAGUUCUGGAAACUAACUAAAUUCAUUAAUCACUUUGCUUCUAGUGUCAACUGCUAGUGAAUAUCCUGAAACUAUGAUGGUAUCUUACAGAUAGAUGCACCCCUAGCAAAAUUUAUGAUUCUAUAAUAAAAUAUUUAUGUUUGCUGAAAGAACAUUAAAUUAUUACUAUGAAGUAUCUUGCUUGUUUUUAUUUUUUCAUCUGAUUGUGAUUCUCUUUUUGGCAACUACUAUCUGUGUGGUUGUUAUUGCUGAGCACAAACAGCAAUUUUGUUAUAGUGUAGAUUGGUUAUAUUUCUGAACUCUCUCUCCACCUUUCUUUCACAAGGACGCAAUGCCAGAUAUUCAGUUGGGAGCUCAUACCUUAAGAUCUCAUGGAGCCAAAGUAGCAAAAUGCCACAUUUAUGACUGGAUUUUACUGCUACUUCUUGUUCUGAUAGAUAUCAUUUUGAAUGUCGUAGAACCUUUUCACCGCUUUGUGGGAAAGGACAUGUUGACAGAUCUGAGAUACCCACUAAAAGGCAACACAGUGCCGUUGUGGGCUGUUCCGCUAAUUGCAAUUCUUUUACCUUUCAUAAUCUUUAUCACAAUUUACAUAAAAAGGAGGAAUGCGUAUGAUUUGCAUCAAGCCAUACUAGGGUUGCUGUUUUCUGUGCUUAUAACUAGUGUCCUAACGGAUGCAAUUAAGGAUGCCGUUGGUAGACCAAGGCCAGAUUUUUUUUGGUGCUGUUUUCCUGAUGGAAAAGACUUUUAUGACAAUGUCACUACAGGUGUUAUAUGCCAUGGGGAGAAGAGUGUUAUAAAGGAAGGACACAAGAGUUUUCCAAGUGGUCAUUCCUCGUGGUCUUUUGCAGGUCUGGGAUUUCUUGCAUGGUAUCUAUCCGGUAAGAUAAGAGCUUUUGAUUGCAGGGGUCACGUUGCAAAACUGUGCAUCGUCCUUCUUCCUUUACUUUCUGCAACCCUUAUUGCAAUUUCUCGAGUGGAUGACUAUUGGCAUCAUUGGCAAGAUGUAUUUGCUGGGGGUUUUCUAGGAUUAAUUGUUGCUUCAUUUUGUUAUCUGCAAUUCUUCCCACCACCAUAUGAUGCAAAUGGUUGGUGGCCCCAUGCUUAUCUUCAGGCAAUAGCAGACUUGUGCCACAACGGGCAAAUUUCUGUGAUGACAAAUACUUUUAAUUCAAGGCCGUUAGAGAUUGAAACAGUUUAUGUUUCAUCUAAUGUUCAUGGUGGGAUGAAUAUGAGUGACACAAGCCCAGUUCUAGACAUUAUGGAGGCUGGCAGGAGGUGUCAAUCAUGAUAGAGGGGAAGUAGUUCAAUUCAAGGAGGCUAGUGCAAUUUCUGAGGGUUUGGUCAUAUAACAAUGUUCCACAUCGAUGCCAUGUUGGUGCAAGGGAACUUUUUUAUGUGAUAGGGUGGCACCCAAUAGCAU